AUGAAAGAAUGGCUGAAAAACGGAAGAAGCUUAUGCAACAUUAACACUUAUAAAGUAACUGUCCUAAGUGCACUGUUGCUCAGUGUUUUGGCUAAUGAUUCUCGUGUUCAGCCUUGUUUACUGUUCUGUAAAGAUAAUCAUAUGAAAGAGAUGGAAAGUGAAUGGUCAUCAAAUUUUGUCUUUCCGCUGUUAUCGUUGUUAGAAAAUACCAAAAAUGAAACUGCUGUUUAUGUUCGAUUAUUUGCACUAUAUUUUUCUAACAUUUUUCAACAUUUUUCUAGUAUUUUUUAG